AAAAAAUUAAGAAAAGAAAAGAAAAGAAAGAAAAAGUUCGGUUGGACCGGCAGAACGUUGAAGCGAGCACCAGGUCCACCGGCUCGUCCGGUCUGAACCGGUCUACUUCAUAAAGGAUUCAAAGGGGAAGCAGCUGCACACGGUCACUCGCUAUUCCUUCUCCCAGAAGCGGCGUGAUGCUGCCACUGGCCGAGCUCUCCUCCUCCGUCCUCCGGCGUGAUAGCCCCAGGAUCUUCGUCGGCUUCUUCCAUCGCCGCCUCCUCUCCACCGCCGAUGCCGGCUCCGUCGCCGUCGCCCCCGGCGAGAACCCGUCGCCCAAACCGCAUUUCAUGGCGGAAUACCUCGCGAGAUCGUGCGGAUUUUCUCCGGACAAGGCGGCUGAAGCAGCAUCCAAGCACCUCCGCCGCAUCAAAUCCCCUCAGCAGCCGGACUCCGUCCUGAACUUCUUCAGAAGCCACGGUUUUGACGACGCUGACAUCAAAAAGGUCGUGUCUAGAAUCCCCAGAUGUCUCGGGCUCGACGUGGAGGAGACCCUGGCCCCAAAGUUCCGAGCUUUACGAGAUCUCGGCUUCUCCCAGUCCGACGUCGCCCACCUCAUCCUCUCCAACCCCUCCGUCCUCAACCUCAGGUUCCCCCAAAACGUCCUCCCCAAGGUCGAGUUCUGGAGGGAUCUCCUGGGCUCCGAUGAGUUCUUGAUAAAGUGGUUGAAAAGGAAACGAUGGCUCUUCAACUACAGUAUCGAGAGGACGAUCCUUCCGAACCUGUCACUCUUACGGGCCUGCGGCAUUUCAGACAAGAGGAUCUCUUUGGUCGCAAAGCAGCAGCCUUCGAUUGUCUGCCAGAAGAUGGAAUCACUGCAGGCUUUGGCUGAUCGCGUCGAGGGGCUGGGAGUACCCCGCCACUCCAGCAUGUUCGUCUGGACUCUGCUCAGUCUCCAGAGGGUCAGUACAACCACCUUCGAGGCCAAGAAGAAGCUUAUGAAGAGCUUGGGGUGGUCGGAUUCGGAGUUCCUCUCUGCGUGCCAAAGGCAAUCUACUUUCUUAUCUAAGUCGGCGAAGGCGAUACAGAGAAAGAUGGAAUUUUUGGAGAAGGAAACUGGGUGUGAGCCAUCCUAUGUCGCGAGAUACCCAGAGCUUCUCAUGAUGAGCUUGGAGAAGAGGUUGGUUCCCAGGCAUCAUGUCAUGGAGAUGAUGAAGUCUCAAGGGUUACAUGGUGGGGCAUUUCAAUUAGCUACCAUUAUGAAGUUAUCGGAAAAGAAAUUUACAGAGAAAUUUGUUCUCUGCUACAAAGAGAAAGCCCCUGAAUUGCAUGAUUUGUAUGUUUCUCUCAGUUGCAAGGGAGCUCCUCUGUAGUUCCAGAUUCGGAGAUGUAAUGACACUUGCGUUCUUGAUUGCUAACUCAUUUAAUCUCACAAGUUUGGGUUGCUGAUAUGUCUCUUGUGGAAAAACUGGCCGACUGCGGCUUUUUGGGAAUUUCUUUCGGUGUCGAUGGUUUUCCUCCAUCUAUUUCCUGCUCCCCUCGCAGGCCGCUGGGCAGAUCGAUAUUUGUUUGACUGCGAUUGUUGUGAAUUUGCUUCCGUGUCGCAGGCCACUGGGCAAAAUCGAUAGAAGCUCUGGAAUUUUUUUCACUAAGAAGAGUUUAAUUCCAGGUGCAGAAAUUUCUCAAAAAGUUUGUUCUCUCCCACAGAGAAUUUCGAUGAGCAGUUAUUAUGGAUUUUGUUUUUAAUGUUCCUUUUAUGAUUCAGUGACUAUAUUUUGGUGUACUUUCUGGAAAAAGAGAGAAUAAAUAUUGCAAAGUUAAAUGUAAAAUGCGUUGGACAUACUAAAUUUUUAAUAUUUUUUUAUGAGCUAUUUAA